CACCACCCAUGUGACAAAAUCCCUUUAAUUUCAAUCGCUUCCCGUUCGUCCUCUACAAUCAUGAGUUCUCCAGUGGCUCAUUUUGGCACGUAUGACGUCUUUCUAAGCUUUAGAGGCGAAGAUACUCGAAAUGCUUUUACAGAUCAUCUCUAUGAGGCAUUAGUGCAAGCAGGACUUCGCACUUUUAGGGAUAAUGAUGAAAUAGAUAGAGGUGAAGAACUGAAGCCUGAGAUCGAUAGAGCAAUCAAAGAAUCGAGGGCUUCAGUAGUUGUAUUAUCAGAGAACUAUGCAACUUCCACAUGGUGCCUUGAAGAGCUUUGGUUGAUUCUUGAACAAAGGAAGAAGUGCAAUCACUAUGUUCUACCGGUGUUUUAUCACGUUGAUCCUUCAGAUGUAAGGAAACAGAGUGAGCCUUUCAAGAUAAAAGUCAAUACCUCGCCAAGGUGGACUAAUGAUAACGUGAAUCGGUGGAAGGCGGCCCUUACGAAGGUUGCCGAUUUGACUGGUCUGGUUCUUUCAGGGAAUGAUGUGUAUAAUUCUAAUCGGGAGGAAUCUUGGGACUAUUCUAGCUCGGUGAACCACGGGCCUGAAACACAACUUUUGAAGGACAUUGUUGAUAUUAUUUAUAAUAAACUUGAUUGCAAACAAGUUUAUCUUCCAUCAAAUCUAAUAGGGAUGGAAACUCGGGAUAAGGAGAUAAAUUUCUGGCUAAAGCAAUCUGAUGCCGAAUUUUUGGCAAUCUGUGGGAUGGGAGGAAGCGGGAAAACGACAUUGGCCCGAUACAUUGUGUACUCAAAUUCCCAAAACUUUGAAAGCGUUAGUAUUGUCGAAGACAUUGGAAGUAGAUGUAAAGAACCACAUGAUUUGCUUCAGUUACAAGAAAAACUUUUUAGAGAUAUUUCAGGAGGCAAGAGGAGGAAAAUACCCAGUGUUAGUCAAGGUACAAUCAAGAUUGAAGAGGUCUUACAAGUGAAGAAGGCACUUAUUGUUCUUGAUGACAUUGUUGAACCGAGCCAGUUGGUAGCUCUUCUUGGAUCCAGUUACAUUAACAAACAAAGCAAGAUAAUAAUAACAACUAGGGAAAAUAAUAUAGGAAAAUGGUUUGAGUCCAAACCUUGGAGGUGUCAAGAGUGCCAAAUGAAAUUACUAGAUGAGAAUGAAUCAUUACAGCUUUUAAGUCAACAUGCCUUUGGAUCGAAAUGUCUGAUGGAAGGUUAUGAAGAGCAUGCAAAACAGGUAUUGCAGUAUUGUGAAGGAAAUCCAUUGGCUCUUGAAGUUUUGGGUUCCUUGCUAGCAGAGGAUAGUAGCAUCCUAUUUUGGAAAAGUACAUUGAGCUUAUUGGGAAGAGAUAUUGAUUCUGGAAUUAAACGUGUACUGAUUAGGAGCUACAACUCUUUGCCACAUGACUCUAACAAACAGUUGUUUUUGCAUAUUGCUUGUUUCUUUGUUGGCAAAGACAAGGAUUAUGUGGUGAAGAUAUUGGAGCCUGAUUACUCAGCAGUAUCUGGGAUUAAAACCCUAACUAAUAGAUGCCUUUUAUCUCUUUCACUAAACAACAAACUAAUGAUGCAUCCUUUGCUUCAAGAGAUGGGGAGAACAAUAGUACACCAAGAAUCACCAAAGGACCCUGCAAAACGCAGUAGAGUCUGGCGUAAUAAGGAUUCUUAUGAUGUUUUGCGAAAAGGAAAGGGUUCUGAAACACUGGAAGGACUAGCACUUGACAUGAAAAUGUUGACCGAAGAAAAGAUGAACCAUUCACUCACGUCAUUAGACCUCAAGACUGAUUCUCUAAAAAAGAUGGACCACCUAAAAGUGCUCCAGCUUAAUUUUGUGCAUCUCACUGGAUCCUACGAAAAUGUUUCUGAAGAUUUAAGAUGGCUCUGCUGGAUUGGGUUUCAUAAAAGAAUCAUACCUCCCAACUUACUCAUGGAAAGCUUGGUGGCCAUAGAUAUGAGCUCUAGCAACUUGGAAGCAUUCAAUCCACCCAUUGUUCUUCCAUUACUACAGAUUCUAAAUCUUAAAGACUCUCACAAUCUAUUGUUAAUUGACAAUAUUUUCAGACUCCCUAAGCUGGAGACUUUGAUUCUUGGGAAUUGUAAAAGUUUGGUUCAUGUUUGUGAAACCAUUGGAGGCCUUACAAGUCUUGUUUUACUGGAUAUCACUGGGUGUAAACGCUUGCGCAAGAAAGUAAAUCUGUUAGCAGAGACAAAUGCAACUACUUCUGGUGGUGGAAUUACAGAACAACCUUCCUUUUUUUUGCCACGUUCAGUGCAACGCCUAUUCCUUAAGGACUGCAACCUAAAAAAUAACUGUUCCUUUCCUCUGAGCUUCAGUUUCCAACCUCUCUUGCAGUACUUGAAUCUCUGCAAUAACCUAUUUGAAUUCCUUCCUGAUUACAGUCAUCUUAAAAAUCUCCGGGUGCUUGACUUGAGUUUAUGUUCCAGACUUAAAAGCCUCCUAUGUCUCCCGAAUACACUUGCAGAAUUGUAUACAUAUUAUUGCAAGUCACUGGAGAGAAUAACUUUCCAAUCACCUCGAUUCACAUUGCAAGAAUUUGGCUACCAAGGUUGUAUAAAUUUGAAUGAAAUUGAAGGCUUUAUCAAACUGAUACCGAUAGCCACAUUGAAAGGAACGGAUUUGGGACAUAUGAAGUGGCUAAAAGAAUAUCAAGAUCAUGAAGUUCGCUUGGUUGGUGAUGAUGAGCUGACCAUAGGCAGAAGUUGGCAAGUCCAGAUGUUGUAUGAAUUUAAUAUAAGGAGCACAUCUCUGCCACACAUAGAGGAUCCAAACAUGAGACCUGAGUAUAUAUCAAAAUCGUCAUCUUUGUCCUUUGAAGUGCCUUUUCCACCUAAGAACAAGACGCUCAAAGGACUAGAUGUAACAUUCAGAUAUAAAAUAUCAGGAAACGAAUGUGUAUGGUUUGCUAAAAUCAGCACGACCAAUGAUGUUGAUUUCAUAUACAACCCGAAAGUAUUUGGUGAUCCUGGAUUUGAUGAAGUUGGUGUAUGGUUAAGCUAUUGGCCAAUUGGAAACAUAUUAAAUGCUGGAGAUAAAGUUAAUGUGUGUAUUGAUGUCAUUAGCGGAUUGGAGGUAUACGAAUGUGGUGCAAGCUUUGUAUAUAUUAAUGAUGGCUUAAGGUAUGAAACUCCUGAAAAUGAUAUGGAGGGGGUUGAAAAUCUUGGAAAUCUGUCAGACUUUCGGCUGAGCUCAGGAUCAUACUAUCUUUGUCGGCGUGAUUUCUUUGAGUUAAUGGAGGUCGGCAGACUCCCACGUGGUUGGUUUAGAAAUAUAAUUGGUGAUAUGGUUGACCAUACAGAGGUACGAGGAUGGAGCAAUAUUGGUCGACCUAAGAAGUUGAACCCGUCAUUUACGGAGUUGAAAUAUGUUAGUUGCAUCAUCCAUGGUCCUGAAUCGGAGCAACAUGUAAUAACCUUGUUUAUUGAUCAACAAAUUACGAGAUACCAUCACUUACAAAAAGGAUAGUUAGUUGUACAUGGGAGCUGAGAUGAGGAUAUGUUAUCACGAUCAAGUUUGCAUCUGGGAGAGCAUGUCGCUACCUUGGAAUGCUUAUGUUAAGUUGUGGAGACCGGUCAACCCUUUGACCUUAUAGUUGUAGGCAGACCAAGUUUAGGGCAAAUUUAUCAGAGUUUAUGUCUUGACCUUAUUGACAAAUUUUUAGUAUUAUGCCAUCUUUAUAUGGAUCCCUUGAGUUCAUGUAAUCUACGACAAGUAAGAAAAAUUGUAAUUCGGUAGUGUCAAUAAAAUCUCUCUAUUUUGUUUUCUUGUGGACGAAGUCGAU